UGGCCUCGCCGCAGUCUCGUGGCAGCCGUGUGGUCCGCUCCGUGACCCAGCCAACGCUUGUGUUUAGUGUGCGAGUGUCUCCCGGCGAGCGUUGGUGUGUUGUCGGCGGCGCAGCUGUUGGUGAUUCGCUCCCAACGCGACUUGGUGACUGACUCGCAUCUCCCUCUCUCAAUCUAUUCCCCGUCUCUUCUCUCUUACUCUCCUCUUACAUUGUGUCUAGUCUUUGUGCCGACGGGAGAGGAAAGUCCCGUGUCUUCGUACUUGAAUACCGAGUGAGUGUCUGCGAAAAGUGUGUCACAAGCCAGCUGUGUAAACAGUAUCUUCAGACAAUUUCUUUUAAGGGAGCAUACAUUAGGCUCCCUCGUUAGUGAUAGUGUCAAGUCCAAGGGAGUAUCGCAUCAGUCAUCAAGAUGCCCAAACCGGUAAAUGUGCGGGUGACGACCAUGGACGCGGAGCUGGAGUUCGCGAUCCAGCCCAACACCACCGGCAAACAGCUGUUCGAUCAGGUGGUGAAGACCAUCGGCCUCCGGGAGAUCUGGUUCUUCGGGCUGCAGUACGUGGACUCCAAGGGCUACACCACGUGGCUCAAGCUCAACAAGCGGGUUCUCUCACAAGACGUCAAGAAGGAGACGCCACUGCAGUUCAAAUUCAGAGCCAAGUUCUACCCAGAGGAUGUGGCUGAGGAGAUCAUCCAGGACAUUACACUGCGCCUGUUCUACCUGCAAGUGAAGAAUGCUAUCCUGAGCGAUGACAUCUACUGCCCCCCGGAGACAUCAGUGCUCUUGGCUUCAUAUGCAGUGCAAGCCAAGUAUGGAGACCAUGGCUCAGACCUUCACAAACCAGGCUUCCUGGCAAAUGACCGGUUACUGCCCCAGCGUGUCAUGGACCAACACAAGCUGACACGUGAGGAGUGGGAAGAGAGGAUAAUCACCUGGUACCAUGAACACAAGGGCAUGCUCAGAGAGGAUGCCAUGAUGGAAUACCUUAAAUUGGCACAGGAUCUGGAGAUGUAUGGAGUUAAUUACUUUGACAUCAAGAACAAGAAGGGUACAGAGCUGUGGCUAGGCGUUGAUGCUCUUGGUCUGAAUAUCUAUGAAAAGGAUGAUAAGUUAACUCCUAAGAUCGGCUUCCCAUGGUCUGAAAUCAGAAAUAUCUCCUUCAACGACCGCAAAUUCGUCAUCAAACCUAUUGACAAGAAAGCCCCAGAUUUUGUCUUCUUUGCUCCUCGUUUACGCAUCAACAAGCGUAUCCUUGCUCUCUGCAUGGGCAACCAUGAGUUGUACAUGCGUCGCCGCAAGCCAGACACCAUUGAGGUCCAGCAAAUGAAGGCACAAGCUCGUGAGGAGAAGUUAGCAAAGCAGCAAGAAAGAGAAAAGCUGGCAAGAGAAAUUGCUCUUCGUGAGGAGGCAGAGAAGAAGCAGAAAGAAUAUGAAGAACGCUUGAAGUCAAUGCAAGAGGAGAUGGAGAGGAGGCAGAAGGAGUUGGUGGAAGCACAGGAAACCAUCCGACGACUGGAAGAACAGCUGAGACAGUUGCAGGCAGCCAAGGAAGAGCUUGAGAACAAGCAGCAGGAACUCCACGAUAUGAUGGUCCGUCUUGAACAGGCAAAGGAAAUGGAAGCAGAAGAGAAGCUCAAAUUAGAGGAAGAGAUCCGCACCAAACAGGAGGAAGUACACAGGAUCCAGGAAGAAGUCAACUUGAAGGACGAAGAGACCAAAAAGCUUCAGCACGAGGUUGAGGAAGCUCGCAUGAAGCAAGAGGAAGCUACUGCUGCUCUCUUGGCUGCUUCUUCUACCCCUCAGCAUCACCACGUAGCUGAGCAGGAAGACACUGAGGAGAAUGACGACAUCCCUAAUGGAGACAUCUCCAAGGACCUCUACAUCGGAGAUGAGCCCAUUGAAGAUCCAGUGGAGGAAAGGAGGACUCUUGCCGAGCGCAAUGAGCGACUUCAAAACCAGCUUAAGGCUCUCAAGCAUGACCUUGAGUCCACACGAGACACUGAAAAGGAAACCACCAUGGACAAAAUUCACAAGGAGAAUGUGCGACAGGGCAGAGACAAGUACAAGACACUGAGGGAGAUCCGCAAGGGCAACACCAAGCGACGAGUAGAUCAAUUUGAAAACUUGUAAACAGUCUGUCCUAGGACCAACACAUCUUCACACUCCUGCUUUCCUAUAGAGAUUUACUCCCACAUUUCCUUUCUAUUUUUUCUUCUUUUAUACAUAGGCUUUAUGUCAUACAAUUCUGUUGCUUUGCUAAACAAAUUUGACAAACUUCUGAGAUGCAAAAACUUUACUGAGUUUAUCAUUAUUAUUAAUUAUUCAUAUUAUUAGUAGUAUAAUUACAAUUAUUAUUAUUAUUAUUAUUAUUAUUACUAUUACUAUUACUAUUAUUAUUAUUAUUAUGAUUAUUAUAUUGUUUUUAUUACUGUUAUUAUUACUUUAGAAGCCUGUGAAAUAUGUGAAUUCAGUUUUUGAUGAGUUCACAUUCCUUUUUCCAUUUACUACAUAAAAUAGUAUUGUCUUUGGAGAAGUAAAUAGGUAACUGUGCCCUACAUGAUCUUUAUAUAUAAUAAUGGAAAUUUGUAUGUAUGUAAUAUAGGUGAAAUGAGUGAUGUACUCUUGUCCUUAUUAAAAUUGGACCACAUCUAAAAAAAAAGAAAAAAAAAAGAAAAAGUAGUCAUAUCAUAAUCUAAAUGAAUGCAUUUCUCAUGUCUCAAGCAUGAGAAAAAAACAUUAAGACAACACUUCCUUACUUAGUGUGAACAAUGUGAUAUGGACCAUUUCAGAUGGUGCUGGACCAUGCAAGUAACUUACCCUCCCCCUUCCCUCCCACCCUCCUUUCCCUCUCCCCUUUCUGCCCCCUUGAAUUUUCAUCUCUCAAUUUAUUUGGUAACUUUCAUUCCCAGUAACUUGACACUUGAUGAAAGGUUCAAGGAGCUGAAUAUUUUUUAAGAUCUAAUAAUAUAUAAUAAAAAAAGAAGAAGAAACUAGAAACAGCACAAUGUUAUCAUUGUACUGAAUUACCUUAUGCCCGAAGCUGUAUGUCUCUUGCAGUUCAUAUAGAAGAAGAAACAAAGCUAGAGGUAGAGAGUUAGAUUUUUACACAAUGAACGCUCUGGGUAAUAAAGUUAGGCCAAGCAUUGUUAUGAAUGUAAAUAUAUGUUGGUUGAUGGGUAGUCUAUUUUGAAUAUUGACAUUUGUAUUUGUAACACCUAAGUAUAGGCUCCUGUUUAGUGUUGUUCAGGUGGAUGCAACGAGAGAUCUGAUAGCUUAGAUCUGAUAGUUAUUAUUAUCAUAUUUAGGGGUGAAAAUGAAAUACGGAAGAUAUUUCCUCCUGAAUUGAUUUAUUUGUCAAUGUAUUGUUUUUUGUUUUACCUUUUGUUUUUGAAAAAUGUUUUUUUGUUUAUCAUACAAUAUUCAGAAUAGGAACCCUCUGUUCUCAUGCCCUUCUUAAUUUGUUAAUUUGUUUAAAUGUAAAGGUCUGAUAAUCUCUAUUAGAUUUGGAAGUGAUAAAAGCAUUGAGUGGCAACAGAACAAUCCAGUGUAAUAGAACCAUGCCUUGAUAAGGCUGAAAGAGUUAUGUUCGGUGUAUUUCUUAGUCGUGUACCUUUUUGUAAGUAAGUAAUCAAGGUGGAAGUCAAAUCACAGCCAGGUAUUACCAAGAACCAGCCAAUACAACAAUGCUUUCUUGCUUUUUCCACGACUGUAUGUGCUGCCAGUGCCUAUGCAACAACCUUCCCUCUUUUCCUGUCCUGUCAAGUCUUCCUGCAUAUGCUUGCUUGUUGUGUAAGGAAAGAAUUACUGGAGAAUAUUUGUUAAAUAUUUGUAAAUACUUUAGCCGCAAUUGGUGAUAGUGUUAUGUAUGUAAUCAGGUGCUUGCCAUUGUUCAUUCACAACUUUUUUCAGUCUUGAGAAACUGUCACUUAAAAAAAAAUAUUUCAUUUAUUAGCUUAUUAGACUGAUGUUUGUAUUUUUUUUUUUAUUAUUAUUAUUAUUAUUAUUCCUUUGCUAAAGUUCAUGUACAUUAUUGUUUGGAUUUCACAAGACAUUCACUUUGGUAGACGCACUGCUGUCCACCAAUUAUUUGGCUAAAAUUUUAAUUAUCCAUUUAUUUAUGCCACUGAAUAUCUUGAAAGAAAGAUUACUUGGUACAUACUUGCUGUUCAGUUCAUUUCUAGAAAGCUUAAUAAUAUUGCAUACUAGCAAAGUCUUGAAUAAAGGAAUAGGUUUUUACUCUGUUUGAGUAAAUAUGUAAAUUAUAAAUUGGUUUCCUUGGGUAACCUCUGUCAGUGACUGGAGAGUGGACAACACAAGCAGGCAAUGCAUGGGAAUGCAGUAGAUAUAGAUGACCUCAUUAGCACUGGGGUUGCUGGGACUCGUGUUCCUUCAGUGGCAAACCUCAGUGGUUGUAUCUAUUAACAUAGCCUUUGAUAUGAAAAUACAAUAUCUUAAACUGAUGAGGUAAAUAUAAGUCAUUUUUGAAUAAACAUAAAAUAUGAUAA